GUCUCUCUCUCUGUCUCUCUCUCUGUCUCUCUGUCUCUCUCUGUCUCUCUCUGUCUCUCUGUCUCUCUCUGUCUCUCUCUGUCUCUCUCUCUGUCUCUCUCUGUCUCUCUGUGUCUCCUCACAGGUCUUCAUUUCACUCUUCUGGGGAACAUAGAGGCCAGUGAUUGUGGCCUGGGCUUCAGUGCCAAAGGGAGACAAUGUGAUGAUAUAGAUGAGUGUAAAGAGUGGGACAGUAACCCACCCUGUGGAAGUAAUGCCACAUGUUACAACACACAGGGAAGCUUCUACUGUCAGUGUCAACCUGGGUUCAAAUCCACAACAACUGUCAACUUUACUGCUCUCACUGGGGAGUGUAACGAUCUCAAUGAGUGCCAGGGGACACCACAGGUUUGUGGCAGCAACUCCGCUUGCCUCAACUCCAUCGGGAGCUUCAAAUGCCAGUGUCAACCUGGGUUCAGAUCCACAACGACUGUCAACUUUACUGCUCUCACUGGGGAGUGUAAGGACAUAGAUGAGUGUAAUGUAACUGCUGGUAUCUGUGGAGAGGAAGGGACCUGUCAGAACCAGGAAGGAAGCUACAGUUGCCUCUGUCUACCUGGAUACAGUAAUUAUGGCAACAAACAGGCGAGGUGCUCAGUACUGACAUGUGACCAGUUUAAAGGGGAUGAGACUCCUGGACAGAAUGUCCCAGGUUUAGCUGGUCUCCUGCCUCUGAUGAGGAACAGCUGUCUGGCGUUAAGUAACUCUGGGGAAGCAGCCGGAGGGAGACUGACUGGAGAGGUGUUACUGGAGAAUGUCUUCACGCAGGUAGACAGUUUCCUGUCUCAAGGUAUCCUAAGCAACAGCCGUGAGGUGAGUAGGUUGCUCGGCGCUGUGGAGGACGCCAUGAAGCUCAUAGCACCGCAGCUCAGAGACAACCACAUCACCAUGGAAACAGACCACACAGAGGCUGAGAUUGCAGUGAGGAGGAGACAGACUCCGGCCAUUGGGCCAAUCAGCCUGGCCAAUGACAACGCUCGACUGGACACCAGCUGGGAGACAGCUACCGGCAACGGGACGUACCCAGGUUUCGCUCUGGCUGGGUUGGUGUGUUACAAGACAUUGGAGAGAUCUGUCAACAACUCCUUCCAGUACCUCACAGACACAGACACAGACACAGACACAGACACAGACACAGACACAGACACAGACACAGACACAAACAGAGACACAGCAACCGCCACAGCAUCAAAGCCUAGCUACCAGAUCAGUUCCAAGGUGGUAACAGCUUUUGUCAGUAACCCAGCAACAGAACACCUCACCAAGCCUGUCAUCCUCACCUUCAAACAUCUAAAGGUGAGGGCAGAGUCAUCAGAAAUGAACUAUACCUGUGUGUUCUGGCGUGUCCAUGAAGAGGGAGGGGCGUGGUCAAGUCGUGGCUGUACCAAAGUCACGUCAAACGCUACACACACCGUGUGUUCCUGUUCCCACCUUAGCAGCUUUGCUGUUCUCAUGGCCCUCUACCCUGUAAAGGAUACAUUUGAGCUGCGUCUGCUGACGUGGCUGGGUCUGUCGGUGUCUGUGGUGUGUCUGUUGCUGUGCAUCCUGACCUUCUGGCUGUGUCGGUCCAUCCAGGGGACUCGCACCACCAUCCACCUCCACCUCUGUGUCUGCCUCUUCAUCGCUGACCUCGUCUUCCUCAGCGGUAUCUCUCAAACACAGAGCAAGGGAGGAUGUGGGUUUGUAGCAGGUCUCCUCCACCUGUUCUUCCUAGGAUCCUUCAGUUGGAUGUUGUUAGAGGGGGUUCAGCUCUAUCGCAUGGUGGUCCUGGUCUUCAACACUACCAUCAGACCUCUGUACCUGCAUGCUGUGGGAUAUGGACUGCCACUGACUAUAGUCAUCAUCUCUGCCAUCACCUACCCAGAUGGAUACGGUACCACACAACACUGUUGGUUGUCUCUGGAGAGAGGAUUCAUCUGGAGUUUCUUCGGCCCAGUGUGCACCAUCAUCUUCCUCAACGCUUUCAUCUUCAUCAUCACUGUCUGGAGGCUGGCCCAGAAGUUCUCUAGUCUCAACCCUGACCUCUCCACCCUACACAAGAUCAAGGUGUUCACAGUGACAGCAGUGGCCCAGCUGUGUGUGUUGGGUACUAUGUGGAUAUUUGGAGUGUUCCAGUUCCAAGAGGAGGGGACAGUGGUCAUGACAUAUCUCUUCACUAUCCUCAACUCUCUACAGGGAGCACUGCUGUUCAUCAUGCACUGCCUACUGAACAAAACGGUUAGAGAGGAGUAUUACCAGCUGCUGUCCUGUAUCUGCACACCACAGAAGAAGAGAUACUCAGAUUUCAGCACGAACAACCCUUCCUCCAGCCAAUCCCAGGGGUCAAGGCGUACCCAGGACACAGGGGAGUUGCAGACAUGAUGUCAUCACCAAUCCCCCAUAAUGCACGUCUUUACUCCCCCUCCCUUUUUAGGCCUGGUCAGUAGAAAAUGUGCCCUACGAGCCCGGCUGGUUAGUAAAAAUGUACCCUACGAGCCCGGCUGGUUAGUAAAAAUGUGCCCUAUCUAGAACCUUAACGGGUUCUUCGGCUGUCCCGGUAGGAGAACUCUUUGAAUAACCCUUUUUGGUUCCAGGUAGAAACCUUUCCACAGAGGGUUCUUCCUUCAACCAAAAAAAGUUCUACCUGAAACCAAAAAGGUGCUUCUAUGCGGACAGCAGAAAACCCCUUUAGGGACCCCUUUGUCUAAACGUGUACUUAGCCCGGCUGGUCAGCAGAAAACCCCUUUAGGGACCCCCUUGUCUAAACGUGUACUUAGCCCGGCUGGUCAGCAGAAAACCCCUUUAGGGACCCCCUUGUCUAAACGUGUACUUAGCCCGGCUGGUCAGCAGAAAACCCCUUUAGGGACCCCUUGUCUAAACGUGUACUUAGCCCGGCUGGUCAGCAGAAAACCCCUUUAGGGACCCCCUUGUCUAAACGUGUACUUAGCCCGGCUGGUCAGCAGAAAACCCCUUUAGGGACCCCCUUGUCUAAACGUGUACUUAGCCCGGCUGGUCAGCAGAA